AUGGCCCUCGCCCCCUCCACGCAGAAGUCCACCAGGGUCUCCCCCCAGAAGGAGCAGCCCAAGGGUCACUUCGCGGCCAAGCAAGUACUAACAGAAACAGACAAGUACACGUACUGGCGCCGGAGCAUCCUCCUCGGCAUUAUCCUCUCGGCCUACCUGGGCUACACCAAGGGUGGCGCGUACGGCUGGGUCCCGGCCCUGGUGACGUUCUACUCGACCGUGCACAUCUUCGAGUCCAUUGCCAAGAAGCCCGAGGGCAUCUUUGCGCGCCUCUUCCUCGUCGUCACGAACCUCCAGCGCAUCAUUGACUUCGAGGACUUUGUCCUCUCCCCGUUCCGCAGCCAGGUCAAGGCUGCCUGA